AUGAACGUUCUGAACGUGGCGGAGAAGCCCUCGGUGGCGAAGUCCGUCGCCACCAUUCUCUCUCGGAACCAGGGCGUGAGAAUGAGGGAGGGGCGUUCCCGCUACAACAAGAUCUUCGAGUUCAACUACACCAUUCGCGGCCAACCAUGCCAUAUGCUCUUCACCUCCGUCACCGGGCACCUCAUGGAGCUCGAGUUCGACGAGCGUUACCGCAAGUGGCACGCGUGCAAUCCCGCUGAUCUCUUCCACGCCCCUGUCCAUAAAUUCGUCCCCGAGGACAAAAAGGAUAUCAAGAGGACGCUGGAGGAGGAAGCGAGGAGGUGCCAAUGGCUUGUUCUGUGGCUCGAUUGCGAUAGGGAGGGUGAGAACAUUGCGUUUGAAGUGGUUGACGUGUGUACUGCGGUGAAUCCUCGUCUUACUAUAAAACGUGCUCGGUUUUCUGCAUUGAUUGACAGGGAGAUCCAUCAAGCUGUACAGAAUCUCGAGGAGCCGAAAAAGUGUCUUGCUGAUGCUGUCGAUGCUAGGCAGGAAAUAGAUCUUCGUAUAGGGGCUUCUUUCACGAGGUUCCAGACCAUGUUGAUGAAAGAUGCUUUUAUCAUUGACACUGCUACAGAUGACAGAAACCUUAUCCUAAGUUACGGCCCUUGCCAGUUUCCUACACUUGGAUUUGUUGUGGAAAGAUACUGGGAGAUACAAGCACAUGAGCCAGAAGAGUUUUGGUCAAUCAACUGUGCACAUGAUUCAGAUGGGUGCAUUGCUAAGUUCAACUGGAUGCGGGGCCACUUGUUUGAUUAUACAUGUGCGGUUAUAAUAUAUGAGAUGUGUGUUGAGGAACCAACAGCAACAGUGACAAACGUUAGACAACAGGAAAAGCUGAAGUAUCCUCCACAUCCUUUGAAUACCAUUGAGCUUGAAAAACGAGCUUCAAGAUACUUCAGGAUCAGUUCUGAGCACACAAUGAAGGUAAGUGGACAUUACCAUUUGUUUGCGUGGUUUCUACUGAUUAGUGAUGUGGCAGAAGAACUUUACCAAGCUGGUUUCAUCAGUUAUCCCCGUACAGAGACUGAUAGCUUUUCUUCAAGGACUGACUUGCAUAUAAUUGUGCAAGAACAACAAGGGCAUCCUGAGUGGGGAGUAUAUGCACAACGAUUGUUGGACCCCGGGGCAGGGCUUUGGAGAAACCCUAGAGGUGGAGGACAUGAUGACAAGGCUCAUCCACCCAUUCACCCCACAAAAUUUUCUACUGGAGAAUCUGGAUGGAGCCAAGACCACCGUAAACUGUAUGAGCUGGUUGUUCGCCACUUUUUGGCAUGUGUCUCAAAGCCUGCUGUAGGAGCUGAAACCACAGUUGAAAUUGAUAUUGCUGGUGAACUAUUUUCUGCAUGUGGGAGGGUGAUUCUAGAGGAAGAGAGACUCAAGUGCUAUGCACUCCUCACAUUUGCAACUGAUGUAUUGUUUUCGGAAAUUAGCAUUUGUGAAUAA